AUGAGCCGCCCCGCACCUUCCUUCAGUGCUUUCCCCUCGCUCUCGGACUGGGGUUUCUCUGCAGUCAGGUGUUGGGGAACGGCCCCACAGCGCCCGCGCGGAUCAGAUGGGAGCUGCGUCCCACCAGCCCCACUGGAGUCUCAUUUCCGUUCGUUCGCGAUCCCUGUGCUGUUGGGGACCCGGCAAAGGGCACUCCUGGGGGAGUGGGGUGGGGGUGUUCUGCUGUGAAAUGCAAAGUUUAGGGAUGAAUGGAAUACAAAGUUUGGAUUGGUUUUGGUUUUGUUUCUUUUUUUUCUUAAGACAUAUGUUAUUAUCAAACAAAACUUAAAUAUUUUUAAAAGAAUCUAAGGUUUUGGACCACCUUCACCUUGCACUAGUCGAGCAAAUGGUGAUUAGUCACUGGGAGGGGAAUGUGAGCACAGAUUCGGUCUCACUUGUUGCAUCUGCAUUCAGGGAUGUAUUUUGUUGUACCCUGGAAUUGCCUCAGAGGUGAGUGCAGUCUCAUGGUUAAGCUCUAGCCAGAGCCCAGGUGCAAUUCUUAAAGAUUCAGUAGGGCUGUCUCAAAGACUUGCCCUUGACUAUUUUCAGUGCCAGAGAACACCACAGAGCAUUUAGAAUGCCAGGACUUCUGGCUGUUUGAUGGGUGCUGCGGUGCUACUGAGCGGAGCAGGGCCUCUGCCACACAGGAAGACUGGGCUGGUGCAGGGAGUUUGUCUCCACUGCCAGUUUUCACAACCAGCUUCGAGAGCUGCUGUUCACCCUUGUAAAGUCUGAGCUCUGCCCUUUCCUGGGAUGUGGUACUGCCUGCAUUGAGGUGGGAGGACUCGAAGACCAGCCUGCACUGGCUCCCUGGACUUGGUGGCUCCAAGGCCUUGAGGAGGCCACCCUGUGUACUUUGCCCUGCAUUGACACGGAGGCCACAUCUUGGGCUGAGUCAGGAGCAUCCCGUGCCCUUCCCUCGGGUGUGUGCCGGCAGGGUGUCAGGUUCUGGGCUGAGGGCUGGCAACGCUUCCUGUUUCUUUCUGUGCUGCCUUUUGCUCGUCUGCCGUGUGAAACAGCACAGGUACAGCUUUCUGAAGCCCUUCCUUUGAAUCCUCCUUACUAGCAUAGAGUGGUUCAGAGCAAGUAUUUCACCUCCCCAUGAUCAGUGAUGGGUUCUGGGGCAGCAGUAGCAGGCAAUAAGGAUGGUGUGUGGCAGUGGGGCUGAGCCAGUGCUGCUCUAGUCUCCACACUGCCAGGGCCACGGGGAAAGGGCUGCUCUGUAUCUGAGUUUCACAGGUGUGUGACCAGGAGUUUCUGAAAGGGAGUGGCUGGUGGAGCCCCUGGAGCAGAGCUAUACUGUGUCAAUGGAUCAAAACCAUCUCUGAUUUAGAGAUCCCUACAACCCCCUUCCAGGAAAGGUAGGAAAGAAGGUGUUUCCAAGUUGAGAGUUACUUUGUCUCAACUUCUCAAUUUAACGACUAUUUGGAAUCAGCAAUACUUGAUCAUCAUUAGCUUCUGAGAACAGCACAGUAUGUUUGGAAAUCAGAAAUGAAGCUUUGAAAGCUGUCUAGUCCAUUGCCAUGUGCUGUGGCUGAAUACUGUCUGUUGGGUAUCAGAUGUGGUAAGAGGUUUCAAAGCUGCUAUGUGCCAUACUGGCUGAAAGCUUGCAGAAUACCCAGCUUCCCUACAGAUAAACCUGAUACAUUCAUGUUGCUGUUACAAAGAUGGGGAGAAUAAGUAAUGACAGUCUUUUUACGAAAAAGCCUUUGUUUGCUACGGUGUUACAUCACCAUUCCCUUCUGUAUGAGAUUAAGGAAAACUGAGUGCCUUGAGCUUUGUUGUUAGGUCAUGUUUCUCAUUCUCUUGCUUUCUGUUUCUCUCUGCUGAACAUGCUCUGAGUUGCUGUUAUGUGUCUGAAGAGCUGGACAUCUGGUUUAGGUGAAACCUCCAAAAGCACUUUCCCUUCAGGCUGUGAUGGGAUUGGUCUGGUGGUUGCUGCUCUGUGUCCCCACGCUGUCACCCAUAUUUGCUGGGGGUGUCACGCGAGUCUAUUACCUGGGAAUCCAUGAAGUGGACUGGAACUAUGCUCCAACAGGGAGGAAUGUGCUUGCUAACCAGAGCGUUGCUCAUAACCGCCAGGCCGCAGCAUUCCUCCAGCCUGGAAAAGACAGGGUGGGAAGCACGUACAAGAAAUCUGUCUAUAAGCAAUACAUGGACUCCACGUACACCACUGAGAUCCCCAAACCUGGCUGGCUGGGAUUUCUUGGACCUGUCAUCCGAGCAGAAGUGGGAGAUACCAUUAAAGUACACCUAAAAAAUUUUGCUACUCGACCGUAUACAAUCCAUCCUCAUGGUGUUUUCUACGAAAAGGACUCUGAAGGAUCCCUGUAUCCCGAUAUGUCCCCCCAGGAUCAGAAGAAGGAUGAUGCUGUUUUCCCAGGAGGGAAUUACACCUAUACUUGGACUGUCCCUGAAGAUCACAGCCCAACUGCUGAUGACCCAAACUGCUUGACCUGGAUCUACCACUCUCAUAUUGAUGCACCAAGGGACAUUGCGUCUGGAUUGAUUGGACCAUUGCUUACAUGUAAAAAAGGAAUACUGACAGGCAGCUCUCAAAGACGCCAGGAUGUGGAUGUUGAUUUCUUUCUGAUGUUCAGUGUGGUGGAUGAGAACCUAAGCUGGUACCUGGAUGAGAACAUAGCAUCAUUUUGCAGAAAUCCUGGCUCUGUAGACAAGGAAGAUGAGGAAUUCAAGGAGAGCAACAAAAUGCAUGCUAUUAAUGGUUAUGUGUUUGGCAACCUCCCUGAGCUGACGAUGUGUGCUGGGGAUGAUGUUUCAUGGCACCUCUUUGGGAUGGGAAAUGAAAUUGAUGUUCAUACAGCCUACUUCCAUGGAGCAACACUCAAUAUCCGAGGCCAUAGGACAGAUGUGGCCAGCCUCUUCCCAGCCACUUUUGUUACAGCAGAUAUGAUCCCCAGUGACCCUGGGAGAUGGCUGCUGAGCUGCCAGGUCAAUGAUCACGUACAAGCUGGAAUGGCAGCACUGUAUGAAGUCCGGCCCUGUUCUCGGCAAGCUCUGGCAUCCACCCUGGAAGGGAGAGUUCGGAAGUACUACAUAGCUGCCAAGGAAGUGCAGUGGGACUACGGACCCUCAGGGCGUGAUCAGAGCAGUGGGAAGCAGCUGACUGAGGCAGGCAGCCCUGCUGAGCAGUAUUUCAAGCGUAACCUCUACCGUAUUGGGGGUGUCUACUGGAAGGCAAAGUAUGUAGAGUACACUGAUGAGAGCUUCCGUGAGGAAAAGCAGCAAUCAGAAGAAGAGAAACACCUUGGAAUACUCGGUCCAGUGAUCAAAGCUGAAGUUGGAGACACCAUCCUGGUGACGUUUUUUAACAAAGCUUCCUGGCCUUUCAGCAUCCAGCCACACGGAGUGUCCUAUGGAAAGGCGUGGGAAGGGAUGUGGUACCAUGACGGCCUGUCUCAGAAUGGGAUGUCUGUGCCUCCACUGCACAACUUCACAUACCGCUGGACUGUGCCGAGGCACGUGGGGCCCACGUCCAGUGACCCUCCCUGCCUCACCUGGAUGUACAGCUCAGCUGUGAACCCUAUCAAAGACCCCAGCUCGGGCUUAGUGGGGCCUCUGCUCAUCUGCCAGCCAGGCACUUUGGAUAACAACAACAAACAGAAAGGGAUCGACAGAGAAUUUUACCUUCUCUUCAGUGUGUUUGAUGAGAACCUCAGCUGGUAUUUAAAUGCCAACAUAAAGUACUACUUGAGAAUGGAAGAGACAUCUGUAAAGAAGGAUGAUGGCUUCAAGGAAUCCAACAGGAUGCAUGCCAUCAAUGGACUUAUGUUUGGUAACUUGCCUGGGCUGGAUGUGUGUGAUGGAGACAAAGUGUCCUGGCACCUCCUGGGCUUGGGCAGCGAAGCAGAUGUACAUGGAGCUGUGUUUGAGGGAAACACCCUGCAGAUGAACGGCAUGCGGAGAGAUUCAGCCAAUCUGUUCCCCCACACAUUUGCUACUGCCUUCAUGCAACCAGAUAACAGUGGGACUUUUGAGAUCUACUGCCAGACGAGCAAUCACUACCAGUCUGGGAUGAGGGAACAGUAUGUUGUUUCCAAGUGUGGAAAGAGGGACCCUGCUCCUUCCCAUCGGUACACGGGAGUGCGGACGUAUUACAUCGCGGCCGAGGAGGUGGUGUGGGACUACGUGCCUGACCGGAGCUGGGAGAGGGAACGGCACAACCACUCUGCAGAGAGCUAUGCCGACGUGUUUCUGAGCAACGAGAACGGACUGCUCGGCUCCAGGUACAAGAAAGCAGUUUACAGGGAGUACACGGAUGGCACUUUCCAGACCCCCAAAGCCAGGAUAAAUGGUGACGAACACCUAGGGAUUCUGGGUCCUUUUCUGUGGGCGGAAGUGGGCGAGAUUCUCAACGUGGUGUUCAAGAACAACGCCUCGCGGCCCUACUCUGUGCACGCACACGGGGUGCUGGAGCGGCACACAGGGCAGCCGCAAGUGGCAAACCCCGGUGACAUUGUUACAUACCGGUGGGAAGUUCCUGAGAGAUCUGGUCCAGGGCCAAAUGAUUCAGCCUGCGUUCCUUGGAUCUACUACUCCACGGUGGACACAGUAAAGGAUAUGUACAGUGGGCUGAUCGGGCCCCUGAAGGUCUGCCGGAGAGGGGCCCUGCAGUCCGAUGGGACCAGGAAGGAUGUAAAGAGGGAGUUUGCUCUGCUGUUCCUGGUUUUUGAUGAAAAUCAGUCCUGGUACUUGGAGGAGAAUGUGAAACGUUACAGUAAGGGAAAUCAUGAGGAAAUCAGCCUGAUGGAUGAGAAAUUUGUGGAAAGCAACAAAAUGCACGCAAUCAAUGGCAGGCUCUAUGCCAACUUGCCUGGGCUGACCAUGUACCAGGGAGAGCGGGUGAACUGGUACCUGCUGGGGAUGGGUCAGGAGAUUGAUGUCCACACAGUCCAUUUUCAUGCUGAGACCUUCAUAUACAAGAAUGGCAAAAGCUAUAGAGCAGAUGUUGUAGAUCUGUUCCCUGGGACCUUUGAAACGGUGGAGAUGCUGGUUGGGAACCCUGGGACAUGGCUGCUUCACUGUCAUGUGUCUGACCAUAUCCAUGCUGGGAUGGAGAUCCUCUUCACCGUCCUGCCUAGAGCAGAGUCAGAGCUGGAAGUUGUGAGCGUUACUGCAGGGUUGCCAUGUGAGGAUGAGUUCCAGAAGGUCAUGCUUUUUGGAUCUAAGGUGGCCCAAGGGCAGAUAGAGGCCACAGUCAUCGCUCUGGCUGUUGUGGGGGUCCUGCUGCUUCUGGUCGCCAGCAUCCUCCUGGGAGCAGUCAUCCAUCUCGAGAGGCAAAAGAGGUUACGACGCAAUCGGAGAUCCAUCCUGGAUGAUGGAUUCAAACUCAUGUCUCAAAAGAAUUCAGGGCUCUAAAAGCCAUGUACAAACUUUGGAUCCUUGUCCACAGAAAAGAUUUUGGGGCAUCAUUUCAAUUGUGCACUGUACUUCUAGAAGCUGCGGAGGGGAAGCUGGAACCCUGACUUCUUCAUAUAUCCUUCUCAGCCCUCUGUAAAGAAAAUGUCUGUCCGUGAGAGAUCCAAGAGAUUUGAACUGACUGAAGACAAGUAAUGAGUGAAAAAGGUCCUUCUUAAAUACUCCUCUUCCCUCGAGAAAGAAGGGAGACGUUUUCUUCUCUCCAGAACAACUCCACUUGGUUUUUCCUUGCAGACUAGCUCAGGCCCCAUUCCAGUCUUGCUCCAUUGCCAAAACUGAGUUGGGAAUUGUCUCCCAAAAAACUGUGAGCCAUUAAAGUAAUUAAUGUCAAGGGGGAGGGAGAUAAUAUUUUCAGUUUUGUGAAUCAAUUAAGAAUACAGAAGAGAAAUUGUUAACUUACAGUUGGAUUGCUGUUUUUUGAUGAGCAAGUAGGCCGACACAAAUUCAGGGUAGUGCAUGUCACAGUGAGUGCCCCAUCAAGGACCAUGACAAGAGCUGUGCCUCACUGUCAGCCUUGCUGUGACAUGUCCUUCAGCCUCCCUGCAAGCCCCAGGCUGCCUUUGGAUUGGGGUCAGGCACCUCCUACUCCCUGUUCUCUCUGCCACAGCUGCCUGCCAGGGGCCAGAGUGGGUGGUGGGACUAACCUCUGUGGCCCACCCCAUGGGCUGUGGUAGUCAUUCUCCAGUGGCAGCCAUCCCCACGUAUGUCACUGUCACCUCACCCUGUGGGCCAGGUACCAAGCAGUUCCCUAUGAAAUACCUGUCUUUGGCUCACCCCCAGGAAUUCCCAUUAUCAAAAUGGAUGCAGGUUAGUGCUUACAUAUUUCUGUGCCUGGUUUUAAAGUGGAAAGAGCAUAAAAAAUCUAUUCUGAUCGGCUUUCACAGGCAAUUAAAGCAGCUAAAUGGCUGUAAUGACAAGGGACUGCUGGUGGCUUUAGGUAUAACAGCACCGUUUUCUUCAGAACAAUAGUUAUCACAUAUUUAAUCAUGUUCAAUUCAUAUUGGGCCCCUGCAUAUUUCCAGCUGCUUUUUCCUUUGGCAGUGAGAACAAAGCUCAUUAAUUUCCUUUCAUUACACUUCAUUAAGCCUGGUGAGGGGCUGAAUGGCUGUUGAACAUCCAUAUUCAGAGCAUUCUUUGCUCAGAUUCAGGCCUGGUUUAGCUGCUGCUACAAAACAGAGCCCAUCAGUCCAUGGGGAAUUUAGAAGCUAUGGCAUCAGAAAUAAGAACCAAGAAGGAAGCCUUUCUUUUUAUUUUUUUCACCAUGAGCUUGUUAAAAAUAGAUCAAAAAGGUUUGGGGCCUGCACUGAGACAGAAGAGUGAGUGUAAAUGUAUUCCCUUGCUUCAGGGCAGCAGAAUGGGGGAGUUGCCCUUCCUGAAGCCCAUGCCCAGCCUGGGGUUUGGGUGCUGUCUCCAGGCAGGGUGGUAGCACAGGGCCAGGAGCUGCUGCUGCUGAGGACCACUCAGGCUGCACAUGGGACAUGUGUGAGUCACUGACUAUUCUGGGAUGUGAGAAGAGCAGGACUGGACAUGUGAUUAUCAUACAGCUAUCAUGAAAUUAGCAUUCAUGGUGUUAAAAAUCAAAGUCUGUCCUGGAAAUCAAUUUGUUUGUUAAUUUGCUCCUAUUUUGGGGAAAGUAAAUCUGUUGCUCGGCAGGUGCUUUAUAAAUCUGGUAUCCUUUGGUGUUCUUGAGAGACAGGCCUGAUUUUACAUCCUUUAGCUGUGGGAAGGAUGGGUGAGAUGAAACAGUCACCUAUCCCUGAAGACCUCCAGGGAAAGAAUAAAGGAGGAGUUCAGUCUGUUGGGAGCAAAAGAGAGCAGGUCUGGUCAAAGAUCCUGCUGCGUAAGGAAUAGACCAAUGUGUGCCAUGUGGUAGGCUCAGGAGAGAGAAAUUCUCUCUUAUUCAUUUUCAUCAAGUAUAACAAAGAAAUUAUGUCUCUUUGUACAGAAGGAUGUUGAUACGGGAAGUUUUGCAGUCUGUCACUGUAAGGAGCUGACAGAAAACCCUGCCUGUAGGGCCUUGUCUAGUGGUAAGGGUGCGGCGCUGUCACCGCCGAGACCCGGGUUCGAUUCCCGGUCAGGGCCACUCCCGGGCAGGUGGGGUUCGUUAGCCCUUAAAGGCAAUCCACCUACGUCCUAAGGACCUCACUGCCACUGUCCAAGCUCGCUUGGCCCCGGCAGAUGAACCUUAGAAUUAAAGGGUGGGCUCAGUUCCGCGCACACUGUGUCUCACCUAAAAAAUCCAAUGCGCAGGCUGGAAGGUGUAAAGACCUUCCCCGGAUCUUCGCUCGCGAAGACUGGCUAUUAUUAGGGCCUUCCUAUCUGACCCUUAUUUUUCAUAUUUAGGUGUUAUUUUCUUCAAAUGAAAGCUUUCCUUUUAGAAGCAAUCAAAGAGCAGCCAUCUUCUUUGGGUCAGGCUGACGUGCUUUGUGAGAAGCAAACAAGCAGAAAGCAAAGCUGAGGAUGACAGUGAGCCUGGUGUGUCCCUCCUGCUGCUGGAGGCUGCCCUGGAACAGCAGUGGCCCUGUGUGGGAAGGAGGUCAGGUCACUGGUGAGAAAAUUCUACUUCCCUUGUCAUUGCCAAAUACAGGAAGGUCCUAAACCAAACAUAACAUGCGGGAGAGGCCACUGGUGUGGGCCCUUUUGUAGUUCAGUCUCCUCAGUUUUGGUGUUUCCCCCCAGUCCUCUCGCAGAUCUCUGGGUCAUCGUGGCUGGGAGGCAGUGUGGUGAGUGAUGUACAGCCAGAUUUCAGUGGGCUUAUCGAAACCAAGCCUCUUAAACAAGGCUGAGCAUGAGGAUUGUGAUUAGUCCAGUUUACAGACUCUCAGUUUGUUAAACAACAAAAAAACCCAAAGUACGAGAGCAUUUGAGUGUUGCAUUUGACAUUGUGAUGUCAAACCUCUAUGAAGACAGAAGUGAUUUGUUCUGUUUCUGCUGAGCGAGCUCCUCACUGGCUCCUGGGUGUGUCACGGUGAUAUUGGCUGUGGCAAAUGUGAUCAGCUGAGUGUGGAGCACAGCAUGGAGAGGCAGAAUGUGAGAACUGACUGAGGGAAAGUCUGAGGGGUUUUGGAAGGAAGCAAGCUCCCAAAGGAGCCUUAGUCAGGAAUGAGAAUUGCAGUUUGUGUGCAUGGCUGCUGCCCUGGUAGCAUCAACCUCUUCUUUUAAUUUGGGGUUUGAGGCUGAUUGUCCCAGCCCAGUGCUGUGGGUUUCAGGCCCGGGUUAGCCCUCACUGAUGCUCCUCACCAGCACCUAAGGCAUGUUUUCAUUGCUGUCAGAGCACUUAGCACAGACAUCAGCACACCUUCCACGCCCUGUGUGUCAGCUCUGGGAACGUGGUGGCACAGAAAACAGGGAAAAAAUUGUAUUGUCCAAGAUGCUGAUUAGUAACAGAUGGAGCAAGGUGGUGGCUAGAGAUUUUCAGGGUUGCUUUUGCCUUCACUUGGCCUGCUUUUCUGUGGCAAAAACAACAAACAAAAAAUCCAAACCAAAUGGUUAUACAGAAAUAGUUUCUUUGAUUUUUGUUUUACACACUUGCAUAUCAUUUCAGUGCUCUUGAAAAUUUGUCCAGCUGCUUAUACCUACUAGUGCUUUGCCCUCCAGCAGUUCACCAUGGGUUCCAGAAGUCCCUGCCCAGCACAGGUCAAGGCAGCACCAUGGAUAAGGGGAGAGAAAGGCAUCCUUUGUGCAGGGCUGCUUGUUUUGCUUCAAGUUGACUCACACAAAUGUUCCAAUGACUCAAAAAGAGCUGAUAUUUGGUUAUGGAGACAUUCUGUGCUAGGUCUGAGGUUUAGCAAUUUAGGUGCUGUUGUUGAUAAUAAAACCUUUGCACUAAUAGCCACUUCCACUCAUGGCUCUCAAGGUUUUGAGCAUUAUCCUGUUAAGUUGGCUGCUGAAGGGGUUUGUAAAACUGCCAAGCACAAAACCCUCUGCCCAGUCUGGGAGAAGUUUGGAUGUAAUCCAGGGCCUCUUUGCAUCAGAUUGACUAUUAAAUUAAAAUUUUGCAAUACCUUCUGGAGGUGAGAUUUGUGUGCAAAUCAGGUACACCCCGGUGUCCAGAUGCAUAAAACCUUUUUUGGCCAGUGUUAUAGGUGCUGUUGUUUUGAGGGUAUGAAAGGAGACAGCCUGUUCCCAAACAGCUUAUUAUUUUUGAUCUUUCACAGGGCUAAAUUCUGGGAAAUUUUCAGAAAACACAAAACCUAAGAAUGCCAUCAAUUUUAAAGGGAUCAGGACUAGAGCUAAAGACAGGAAUAGCAGUGUUCACCUCUAAGCUACUUUUGUAAAAUUAGGUGCAUUUCUCUGUGUUUUGGCUCAGUCCUUGGUCAGCGCCUUUGGAAGUGCUGGGAUAUUGUUUAGACUUGGGCUUCCAAAUAGCUUUCAACUCAGCUGAGCUGGAGGAAAGCAGUAUAAGACAGCAAGUACCUGAAUCAAGUACCUGAAUCGCCCUCCCCCAGGGGAUCCUGCUCCCAGUCACCAUGUCCUGGGUGCCCACAUCAGCGGAGUGGGGAAAGUGAUGCUCUCCCCCCACACACGUCCCAUGGGUGCCCAGAGAAGCAGAGCAGGGCUGCUCCGGGUAGAGCCUUGUUCUUCCUAAACCCACCCAACUGUGCCAGGGCUGCCCCUUUUGCUGGCAGCCGUGUAAUCACAGCUGUUUCUGGUCUAAACAUUGCAGAGUUCCAGGUGCUCAUUUUACAGAGAGCAAUACUUAAUUGGCAAUUUCAUGAAAGAAGCCUUGCUUGAUAGCAAGCAGCUCCUCGAGCGCCCUGGCUGCAGGAAACCCUUUCAGAAUAAAUCACGUGAUUCCUGUUUGUUUGGAAGAAAAUUCUUCUAUUUUCCAUGAGCAUGGAGAGGCUUGGAGCCUGAGAGCAUCCCCGGAAUUUGAGUAGCCUGUGACUGUGGCCAACUCUGCCCUUGUUUCUCCCGUGUUCCCCAGGGUACUGACUCUGGAGUGUAGUCAAACAAAUAACUGAAAAGUGAAUGGGGAGAAACAUUUCUAACUUAGAUGAUUUGACUCCUCAAAUUGCAUCUUUCCCCCAGUUGAUUUCUGGACAGCUUCAAUUACAGCUGUGAUCUGUUAAUGACCAGAGGAGACAUAAGCCCUCAGAGAAGCUGUCUGUGUGGUUAAUGCCUGAGUCUGUCCAGCCUGAGGAGAAGGUCCUUAAUUUAAGAAAUGAGAAGCAGAAAAGAAAAAAAUGUAGGAAUUUGUAGUCUGUGUUGGAAACCUCUCACGUAGGAAACCUCCCAUAGAAUUUUGUAUUUCUUUUCAAAUUUUGACUGUUAGAAAACAGAUAAGUCUCAAACUUUAUUUCUUUCUCUUCCGUAGUUCUUUCAAGCAUUUUUUCCAAGCUGAGAGCCUUAUAAAUUCCCAGACACAAUUGUAGUCUUUGGAGGAAACUAGUUAUGAUGAUGACUGCAGGCCUAGUGUUUCUUCAUUGAGAUUCAUCACUAUUAAAGAAAUUGAAGACAUUACCUUAAAAAAAAAUGUGUUCUGGAGGCAUGUGAGGUCUCAUCAGUCUGCGUCAUCAAGCAAAGCCUUUAGGAUUAGAAGUUUGACUCAGGCAGUUUUUUCUUUCUGGAUCACAUGCUUCCCUGCACCAAGGGACUCCUGUUCUCAGUGAUUCAGUCCUUUGGAAUGGCUUUAUCUGUCUUUUAGAACAUUUUUCCCUUUAUUGUUACAGUUGUUGCUUCCAGGAUAGUGAAUUGUUCAGCACUUACUAAUGGGUCUGGCUGAAUUGUGUUCCUUCAGUUUAACAGGGAACAUGACAGGGAUAUUUUUCUUGUCCCUUGCUUAUUUUAGCUGGGUGAGGUACAAGGCAGCCUCUUUGGGGGUUUUGACAUUUCCCCCCCUUUCCCCCCACUCAUUCUUGUUGAUCAUGUUGCAGAGAAAUAAAGAAACAUAAAGGCUCCCUCAUUAUCCUUUCACUGCCAAGUAACUUUUCUGGGAUGCUUGUGUGAUGGGGAGAAAACCCAGGGAUUUGGGGGGUUUUUUCUCUGCUGGGGAGAAGACCAAAUCAUCCAAGAAUGUGAAUGUGGCAUCUGGCAUCUAAAGGAAAUAGUAAAUGUAAAUGUUUUUUUCUCUUGCAAACCAGGAAUUGUAAUGAGUGCAGCUGGGGCUGUGGCAAUGCUAUAAGGAGAGAAAACAAAGCAGUGGCUAAUUCUGCUUUUCCUGGAGCAGUUGGAUAAAGGGCAGUUGAAAAGAGAGAAGGGACUGAAUGCAAGAAAUGUUUUUCAUACUAGGAAUGCAAACUAAUACAAGCUGGAAUAGUCAUCAGUGUUUCCAAAACCUAGCCCCUGAAACACUGAAACAUUUGAAGAAAUGAAAAAUUAAAAACAAAAUCCCAGAAUGAGUAAGAGGCACUGAAAGAGAUUGAAUACUUUAAAGGCAAGAGAAUCCCAGUGGGAGAUGCCUGGGCUGGCAGGGCUGUGGAGGGCACUGUGGAAUAGGUGAGAGGUGAUCUCUUGGGGUGAGCUGCUCCCAGAGCUGACCUCCCCACACCUGAGACAAGGCCAGUUUCUGCUUCUCACUGUCAAUCUACUACCACUCUCUUCCCUGAAGGACAUUCCCUCUGCACAGGGCCGUGUCACUCAGAGGCAUUUGCCUCCUCCACCUCUGUACCAAGACCCCAAACUCAGUAACUGAAGUCUGAGUUGAGAGACUGAAACUGGAAAUGUUGUUAUUUUAGAGAAAUAUUUGCUUCUGAAGGAAAGCAAUUUUUUUUAAAUUAUAUUUUUAAUUGAAUGGGGUAAAAUUGAUUGUCCAUAGCUAAAACAUCAGAUUGUUUUUGAUUAUGUUUAUGUCCUGGUUUUCAUUCAGAUUUUCAGUGAAAAAACAGCAUUUUUAGAACACAAAUGCAUUGUGCAGAACCCCACCUAUUCUCCAAUCACUCUCUGAAAAAGAAAGCUGUUUUUAACAGGCAGGUUUCAUAACUGUGUUCAGGGCUGAUGGCAAAUCUCUCUUCAGUAGUGUUUCCUUUCAAAUCAUAUUUUAUCUUCUGUAUCACUUCUUCAAGGACCAGGGCUCAUAAUUCCUCUUUGAACAUUUGUAGCUGCUAGUAAAGGCCGACUGGGUUUUUUUUUGGCUGUUUUUCAGAAACUUCAAAGCAGUUUUUAGUCUACUCCAUCCUCCCACAGCAGUUCCCUUCAAACUAAGGAAAAAAGACAUGACAGAAGCUUCCACAGCAACUCCCCUCUCUCUACCAGUGUGACCUGGCUGCUGAACAGCCUGUCUGGCUUUUCCUUCUGGUAUUGAAUCAUCUGGAAAACAAAAAAACCCCAACACGUUGCCUGAACCUGGCAGUGCUUGAAUCCAUCUCCUGAUGAACCAUGGCUGGUAGCUGCCAUGUCACCACCUCUGUACAUCCUGUCUCUGCUGUACCCAUUGAGCCUCCUUUGCCAGGAGCCAAUCUUCUGGAUUAGCACAUGUCAAAUUCCAUGUCCUGAACUGAUAGAGAGUCCCUUGGUUUUACUUUACAGCCAUUUAUGGUCAUAGGGAAUAACAUGAAAUUUUAGAAUGUAACUUUGUCCUUUCUCGCUGUUGGGAACGAUGUGUCUCUACCUGCCUCGAGCACUUUGCUGUGAGUGACCUGCGUGUGCUAAGCUGGUCUCCACUGUGUGUCUGGCACAUGGAAUUACAAAUAAUUGCAGGUCCAUUCGAGAAGUCAUGGCAAACCUGUCAGGUACGUUGUACAGAGCUUCAUAAAGGCAAUGGCCUGACUCUUCCUCUGGCUCUGGGGCGUUCUCCCUUGCCAGAUGAGGGACGCUCAGCUAACCCAGGCUGCUCUCUAGGAGAGGACAUGAUCCAUAACAAUACAGCAUUUAGACCCAAGGUCAUGCAGCUUCUCCCCCAUGUUCCAGUUCACUGUGAAUAAUUUAUGUCAGGCUUCACUGCAGAAAGGCUGGUCCAUCGUAUUCAGUCAUUUCCAGCUCCUAACUCAACCAUCAAUGCCCUGGUAUCCCACGUGUCUUCCAUUGUCUGUCCCUUCCCUCUGUCUGCAGCUUGAGAAUCCAAUUACACUGCUUUCAGGAAAGCUCUGAGAAUAAAAGCUCAAAUACUCUUUCAAGGGGAUGUAAUUCAGUAUCUGGCAGAGACAGUCUGUGCCCAGCACCUUCCUCCUAUAUUUUUUCCCCACAAAGAGGGAUUUUAUCUCUGUGAAAAAAACAAAAGCCAUUGAGACUGGUAAAUUUACCACAUCAAGAGUGGUAAAUUUUAUGGCUUUGCCUAAAGGUCUGCCCUCAGUAGAUGAAAACCUUUUGUAAAAACUGGGUUAUAUCUGCAGUGACUCUCACAUAUUGUGAGAGGAGUGUGAGAGGAAGCGCAGGGUUAGUAAUGUGAGUGGGAUGGAAGGACAUGCAGGUGACCCUCGUGCUGCUGAAUGGACCUCUCCCUCCACGGGAGCCAAACCUUGGCACACCUGCACAAAAAGGCAUCACUUAUAGUUGUGGUUUUGAAUGUAGCACCUGUUUGAAUUACAGAACUGCUUUUUUUAAUGCAUGGCUGGGGUAUUCACUCCAUUAUCACCAAAUCUGUUUUAUUUAUUAAGUCUUAUUAUCAGGUCCAUGAAAUGUCCUGCAAAACACCUGUGCCUAUUCAUCCCACCUUUUCUGAGUCAAAAAAGCAGGACUAGACAUUGCAAAUGAAGAGGAAUACAGUGUCCUCAGUGCAGUCAAGCAAAUAUGAAAAGAGAGUUUCAGGAUCAUGGUUUCUGAGUAUUGUUCAAACUCUUAUUUCCAACACACUAUUUGAGUAAAAUAAAAUCCCAGGGUUUGGCCUACAGCUCUUGUUUCUUUUAUUUAUCAAACCUGUAUUUAAAACAGGAAAGUGUAAACUAUGAAUCUCUUGAGGGAAGAGGAAUCUUUCAAGAAGCUGCCUGGUACAACAGGUGCAUUGAAUGAAUUUUUCCUCAUUUGGACUUGGCAAUUUCAGCUGUUGAAUUUUCUCCCUCUGGACAAGGUUCAGGCACUGAAACUUUCUGUCUGCUCCAGCUGCGUUCAGCUCUGAAUGGCAGAGCAGAGACAUUUUCUUUAUCAAGCCAGAGAUCUCCUUAUGGCACCAGCAGACCUUGGUUUGGGCUUUGCCAUGCUUCCCCCUGUC